AUGGGCGUCAUGCGUUUACCUCGCCCAUCGGGCAUCUACGUCCCUGGCUCUCCCCGCGUCACCACCGAAAUGAUCUCCCCACCACUCUCCCCCUCUUUCAAUUUUGAUUCCGAGGCUGUUCUUCCAACGAUCCUACCAGCACUGGAGUACAUCUCCUCAAAACUCCAACAAAGAUUGAUGCACGUCACCCUCCUCGUCGGCCGGGGCAAGCCCUUCCCAACCGGUCAAGCCUCAGACUUAAUGGUCAUCCCCAUCACAAAACUCGACCAAGUCUCCACCCGCAUUCUCGAACGCGCAAUCGCCAAGGGCGCCCGCAAAUACUCCCUAGGCACCAGCUGGAGCGAAGCACUAGACCGCAGCUACCAUGCACGCCUAGCAAACGAAUACCUCGUUCAACAAUCCAUCCUACAAAACGAAGUCCUCUUCAGCCAGGAAGGUCUAACCAUCCUAAACAUGGACCGCAUCUACACAUUCAAACGCCGUCUUUGCAUCCUCUCCAGUAGACCCAAUCCUCGCCCAGAAGACCAGGCCAUGAUCUCGGCCGUAAAACUUCUCCACCGGUUAAUGGGUGAUUUCCAAGGCCGUCCAUUCAGCAAAGCAUUCUUCCACCGUGUCUAUGAGCAACUGGAUGUUCGUGAUGAACUCUUAACUGCUAUCGCUUCUGCAUACAAGAACACACAUAAGACUGAUGCGAUUAUUUUGCCUUCAAAGCUCACGGCUGAGAACUCGAAGAACUCGCCUAUUCGCUUGGUGCGCGUGCGAAAGAACCCACCGCCGGCUAAGUCUAGUCGCUGUUCGAAGCGUGGGCCGAAGACGCCUUUGUCUGCUUCGGAUGUUACGCCCAUCACGAGAAAUGAGUGGAAUAUGUUGGUUGCGCACGAUAUUCAUGAGGUUCAGCCUACCAUUACCCAGUGGACUCCAUCUGCUACUGUCUUUGUAGUGGCUUGA